AUGACGACUCGAAAGCACAACGAAUUCCUUGAUGCGGAUGACAGCGAAGACGAUCGCAGUCAGGGCUAUGACUCGGAGAUCGAGGAUGUAAAGAAGGGCGGUGGCAGAAGUUUCAAGCGGAGGAAAGUGGACAGUGAUCUCAGCGACGAGGAUGAAGGCGAGCUACAUGACAAUUCGGAGGAGGAAAAGGAGGAGGAUAAGAAGGCGAACCAGGAGGAACCAAAGGAUACGAUAGCAUUGAAGAAGGUACCCCGCAAUGCAAAUGAUACGAUGGAAUUGCCCGGCGUUUCGAAACCUCUGUCGAAGAAAAAUCUCGUUGCAACUGCUGCAGCGAUAAAGAAGUCUGGCGUUGUCUACCUGUCCCGAAUACCACCGUUUAUGAAACCUCAAAAGCUCAGAUCACUCCUCGAGCCAUAUGGUCCUAUCAACCGCAUCUUCAUGACACCUGAAGACCCCGCAUCGCAUACUCGUCGAGUGCGCAAUGGCGGGAACAAGAAAAGAUCAUUCGUCGAUGGAUGGGUUGAGUUCGUCAAUAAGGUUCAUGCGAAGCAUGUCUGUGAGCUGUUGAACGCAAAGACAAUUGGCGGAAAGAAAGGCACAUAUUAUCAUGACGAUGUGUGGAAUCUGCUCUACCUGAAGGGCUUCAAAUGGAACAACCUCACAGAGCAAAUCGCCACGGAGAAUGCAGAACGCGCCAGCAGAAUGCGAGCAGAGAUAAGCAAGACUACGAAGGAGAACAAGGAAUUCGUACAGAACGUGGAGAGGGCGAAGAUGUUGGAGGGAAUGGAAGCCAAGAAAGCUGCUAAGAGGAGAAAAGACCUUGAAGACACAAGGGAAACGAAUGUGCCGCCAAAGGCAGAAAAGAUGGGCGGAGAACGAGCACGUCAAUUCAAGCAGACGCCAGUGGCAGCGAAAAGACGGCCAGAAGACCAACCGGAGCAGGUCAAGAGGGUUUUGAGCAAGAUCUUCUAG